CUGAGCACCGGAGAGAACAAUAUCUAACUGGAGAAGUAAUAUCCAGUUCCCACACCAGAAGAAGAGGUAACUUAGAUUCUAAGGAAUCAGUCACUGUGAAGCUAAUUAAUUCCCUGAAGAGUGUGGCCAAAUACAUCAGAGUGAAACAGCAAAACAUCUUUGACAUCUGACAAAACACACUGGGCCUUCCCAAUGGCUGUGCAGGACAAGCUGCAAGCAGGCAGACAAAACUCCGCUUGGAAACUGGGACUAAGUCUUCUCCUUCAUCGGUUAUCUGGAUUUAGUCUCCAUUCACCAACUGCAUGAAUGCAGCCCUUCAAGGAGAAGGGCCCUUUAGAGCAACAUGAAGAGCUCAAGAGUGACCGUCCAUCCCCACUGUGUCAGAAGCACAUGAUCAUAGGUUUGCCCUGCUUGAGUCACCCAAGAAAUCAGCAAGUCUCUCCAAUUUAUCGUGGCAGCAUCUUUUUAUUCUACUUCUGUCUGCAGAUACAGGUAUUGGUUGCAGGAGCAUUCCAAGUCCAGGGACCCAGUGAACCUGUGGUGGCCAUCCUAGGUGGAGUAGCUGAACUGCCAUGCUCCCUUUCACCUCCUCAAAGUGCAAGGAACAUGCAGAUUCGCUGGUCCCGCUCACUGACCUCCCAAGUGGUGCAUUUGUAUAAGAAUGGGAUGGACCAGCCUCAGGAAACACUGGAGGAAUAUAAAGGAAGGAUAAAGCUUGUGAAAAAUGUGAUAAAUAAAGGAAUUGUGGUCCUGAGAAUCAAUAAUGUCCGACCUUCUGACAACGGGCAGUACUACUGUCGAUUUCAAAAAAACUCCUUGGACAACCAUGCAGUGAUUGAACUUAAAGUGGCAGUUCUGGGCUCAGAUCCUCACUUCAGUAUAGCAGUUGCUAAACUCAGUCAUAUCCAAUUAGAGUGCAAGGCAGAAAACUGGUUCCCUCAACCAAAGAUGCAGUUGAUGGACUCCCAUGGAAUGAUAAUUCAAAAUGUGUCUGAGUCUCAGAAUCAAGACCAAAGAGGCCUAUUCCAUGCAACAAUAAGUUUGUUAGUCACAGAAACUCUGCAAGAGACUAUGACCUGUUCUGUCUGGAACCCAGUAUUAAAUCAGGAAAAGAAAAGACAAUUAUCCGUAUCUGUUUCUGAGCUCUCCUCCAGUUCAUCAAGUGUCACAGAACGCGCGCUGUGGGGAACAUCUGUGGGGAUACUAUUGAUUAUCAUAAUCAUUGGGAUUUGUCUAUACUUUAAAAAAACGCGAAAAGAUAGUCAUCAAAGGUGCUCCACAACUGAAGACAAUUGAUAGCAUGUUCCAUGAAUCUGCAAUUUCAUCCUGAAACACAAGCUAAGUGCACUGCCCUUUUCAUUCUCCAGUACCACAAAGGACUGUUCAAUCUCCACUGCACCCCCACUCCAUCAUCUGUGAACACUUCAACUAAAUUUGGGACCCUUGGACAUCACAACAACAACAAAGGGAAGGAGAGAAAAUUCCAAUUUUCCUUGUUAUUUUACUUUAAUCCAUGAAGUAUUUAUAAAUGUACCAGUUUCCAGAUAGAUUUCUUAAGAUAUCCCUAAUUUAUUAUCAUGAUGGUACAAAAACAUGAGUAUUAAUAUUAUAAUGGUGCCCUUGCCAAGAUCUUUGAACGUGUUGUAGUAAAAAAUUACUUUAUAUCACUGGGGAUUGCACUCAUGAACUCGUGGUUGCUCAAAAGUUUCCGAAGUCACCAGGGUAAAAGGAUAUUCUGGGAAUUCCUAACAACGGAGCUGUCAUGAUUGUCUCCAGGCUGAAGACAAGAGGCUGGGAAAGCGUAUUAAACAGUUGUUUCAGGAACACCCAAUACUGUAAUCAUUUUAAUCUAUUGAGAUUUGUUUUCUUGCUCAAAAUACAGUCUAAAAAGAUGGUUGAUACUAUUUCUAUCUUCCUGAUUCUAUUGAGGUAUGUUUUGUGGCCUAGUACAUGGUCUAUUUUGGAAAAUGUUUCGUGGGCACUGGAGAAGAAUGUGUAUUCUUUCUUUUUGGGGUGUAAAGCCCUGUAUAGGUCUAUAAGCCCUUUCUCUUCUAUUUCUUCUUUCAAAGCCAGUGAUUCCUUGCUGAGUUUUGUUCUGUUGAUCUAUCCAGAGGUGAUAAGGCGGAUUGCCACUCAAUGCCUCUUUUGCAAACCACAACACACAAAAGGAGA